AUGCUUUUUGCCCUCGCGCUCCAGCCCUCUGCGCUCGUCGUCGGCGGCACGCCGCCAGCCGUCGUGCAAGCCCCUCGUGCCAGCCCGCCAGUCAUGAUGCCCAAGUUUCUGAAGGAUGCGUUUCCGAACCUCGAGAAGCCGGACGAUGCCAUCGCCUCGGUGCAAGAGGCGUGGAGCGACUUUGUCGGCAAGAUCGUCCCGGCCGGCGCCGAGCCUCCUGUGAUCGAGGUCCGCGAGCCGACGGCCGCCAUCUCUGCGGCCGGCAAGGCGAUGCCGCUGCUCGGACCCGUCUUCUCUGUGGAGGCGGACUUGCAGGCCGCGCUGACCAACUUCGGCAGCUACGACCCGGAGGAGGUGCGGGCAGAGAUCGCCUCCACCGUUGCGUCCGCGCCCGUCGUGGUGUACACCUACGGCCUCUCCCCAUUCUCGUCCGAGGUGGUCGCCAUCCUCGAGUCGACAGGCUGCCAGUUCAAGAACGUCGAGUUGGGAGCGGAGUGGUUCGCGCUCGGCGGCAAGGGCUCCGCCACGCGGGUCGAGCUGCGCAAGCUGUAUGGGCAGGGUUCGUUGCCGCACGUCUUCAUCGGCGGCGAGUGGGCGCGGGCGCUGUGA